CUCUCUCUCUGUCUCUUGUUGUGCCAAAAACUCGCAUACAUUAUUUUUCAAAAUAGAUAACAAUCUCCCUCGUUCCCCAGCGGUGAAAGCUAAUGCCGGGUCUAUCUUCUCCGUGGUACGGACCAUAAGAUUAUUCUCGAAGAAGCUGAGGAACAAGUACAACAUGGUACGGGAAUUGGAGCAAGAGCAGGAGAGCUACCGGUCGAGGCUGUUCCACUUCAAAGGGAUGUACGAGAAUGCGGGUCGGCACACCAAGAGCCUCAGCGUCGAGAGCGCCGGCGCAUUCGACUCCGAUCAGUCGUCGCCGUCAUCCGAGGCCGACCUGGUCGCCAUGUCCAAGAGCCAGCCGGGACAGGAAGGGCAGAAAAUCGGCUCGCUUUUUAUUCCUACUGAUAAGGGUCCCAGGUCGAGGUUCAGCAAAGACGAAGCUGGCUCAAGAUCAGAUGCCAAGGAGACUCUGAUCUCAGAUAUGGAACAGAUGAAGGAGAGGUAUGCUAAAUUACUGUUGGGAGAGGAUAUGUCUGGUGGAGGAAAGGGUGUUUCUUCAGCAUUGGCAUUGUCAAAUGCCAUUACAAAUCUUGCUGCUUCUGUUUUUGGCGAGCAAUCGCGAUUAGAGCCCAUGUCAGCAGAAAGGAAAGCUAGAUGGAGAAAAGAAAUAGAUUGGCUCUUGUGUGUCACUGAUUACAUCGUUGAGUUUGUUCCUUCACAACAGAAAUCCAAAGAUGGAACACAAAUGGAGAUUAUGACGACAAGGCAACGAACGGAUCUUCACAUGAACAUUCCCGCGCUUCGCAAGCUUGACGCAAUGCUCACUGAUUGUCUAGACAACUUCAAGGACCAAAAUGAGUUCACUUAUGUUUCAAAAGAUGCUCCCGACUCGGAAAAGGGAAAUACAAAGAGAAAAGAUGACAAAUGGUGGCUGCCUACUCCUAAAGUUCCCCCCGAUGGUCUAUCUGAAAUGUCAAGAAAAUUUCUGCAGUAUCAGAAAGAUUGUGUCAACCAAGUCCUUAAAGCAGCCAUGGCUAUAAAUGCUCAAACUCUAUCAGAAAUGGAGAUCCCAGAAAACUACAUUGAAUCCCUCCCCAAGAAUGGAAGGGCGAGUCUGGGGGACUCAAUAUACAAAAGCAUUACAGUUGAAUUCUUUGAUCCUGACCAAUUUCUCUCCACCAUGGACUUGUCCUCUGAGCACAAGAUUCUAGACCUCAAGAACAGAAUUGAAGCUUCCAUUGUGAUUUGGAAGAGGAAGAUGAACCAAAAAGAUGGGAAAUCGGCUUGGGGUUCGGCUGUCAGUUUGGAGAAAAGAGAACUCUUUGAAGAGAGAGCAGAGACCAUCUUGCUCAUUCUCAAGCAGAGGUUCCCUGGAAUCCCUCAGUCUGCUCUAGACAUCAGCAAAAUCCAAUACAACCGAGACGUGGGACAGGCUAUUCUUGAAAGCUAUUCAAGAAUAUUGGAGAGCUUGGCCUUCACAGUAAUGUCCCGAAUUGAAGACGUGCUCUAUGCUGAUUACGUGACUCAAAAUCCAUCACAAGCGGCGUGCAAGAGGAACCCUUUAAGAGACGUACCACAAUGCACAACACCACCAGACAGGUUCUCCAGCCCCAGAGAAUUGGACACAAACGGCUCCGAGACACUGAAUUCGAUGACACUCUUCGACUUCAUGGGAUGGGGUAUGGACCAACAAGAGGCCGAGGCUAAGAAGGAGUUGGCGGGAUUUUCAGAUGAGUUGUCUAAAGAAGGUGAAAUGAAGCCACCCCACAUGCAGAAGAUCGCCAACAUAGUGACCAACAAGAAAGUUUCAUAUCUUGAGAACUUGGGCGGGUUGAGAAGUCCAACGGCACGCCACUGAUAGAAGCUAAGAGUGUAGGGAGAUGAAAAUAAAAAAAGAAAAGAGAAGAGACGAGGAAGUAGAAAUCAGAAGAGAGAGAAGAAAAGUGGUAGAGAGAGAGAGAGAGAGAUGUAAGGUAAAAGGAGAGUGAGAAAGUCCAGCCAUCAAAUGGUGUAAAUUUUUAGCAGA